CAACGCGAGUGUUUGUGAUCGAAUGCGUCUUAGGGCAAGCUGUUCUUUUUGGCGGGAACAGUCUUGUCCCCGCUUUCUCCGAAAAUCCCCAAAUUUCACAGUCGGAAACCCUACCUAGCCAGCACCCUUCAGUCUCUAGGCUAAGAAGAGAGACAAAAUCCAAAACUCUUAAAAUCAAGCCACAUUAAUGGGAAAAGACGAUGAGGAAAUGAGGGGCGAGAUAGAGGAGAGGCUUAUAAACGAAGAAUACAAAAUAUGGAAAAAGAACACUCCUUUCCUUUACGAUCUGGUAAUCACCCAUGCUCUCGAGUGGCCUUCCCUCACCGUCGAGUGGUUACCCGAUCGUGAGGAGCCUCCUGGCAAGGACUACUCCGUCCAGAAGAUGAUUCUCGGCACCCACACCUCCGAGAACGAGCCCAAUUACCUCAUGCUCGCCCAGGUCCAGCUCCCCCUGGAUGAUGCCGAGAACGAUGCCCGCCAUUACGAUGACGAUCGCUCUGAUUUUGGCGGGUUCGGAGCUGCAAACGGAAAGGUUCAAAUAAUUCAGCAAAUUAAUCACGACGGAGAGGUUAAUAGGGCCCGUUAUAUGCCUCAAAACCCUUUUAUUAUCGCUACCAAGACAGUUAGCGCUGAAGUUUAUGUCUUUGACUAUAGCAAACACCCUUCUAAGCCCCCUCUUGAUGGUGCUUGUACUCCCGAUUUGAGAUUAAGAGGUCACAGCACUGAAGGUUAUGGUUUGUCUUGGAGUAAGUUUAAACAAGGUCACUUGCUUAGUGGUUCUGAUGAUGCUCAAAUUUGCUUGUGGGACAUUAAUUCCACUCCUAAGAACAAGGCCAUUGAUGCUAUGCAAAUUUUUAAGGUUCAUGAAGGUGUUGUAGAAGAUGUUGCAUGGCAUUUGAGGCAUGAGUACUUAUUUGGCUCGGUUGGGGAUGAUCAAUACCUGCUUAUAUGGGAUCUCCGUACUCCAGCAAACGCAAAGCCUGUCCAAUCAGUUGUUGCUCAUCAGAGCGAGGUUAACUGCUUAGCUUUUAAUCCUUUCAAUGAAUGGGUUGUUGCAACGGGAUCCACUGACAAAACUGUCAAGUUAUUCGAUAUACGUAAAAUCAACACAGCCCUUCACACAUUUGACUGUCACAAGGAGGAGGUUUUCCAAGUUGGGUGGAAUCCCAAGAAUGAAACUAUCUUAGCUUCUUGUUGCCUUGGUAGAAGGCUCAUGGUGUGGGAUCUCAGCAGGAUUGAUGAAGAACAGACACCAGAGGAUGCUGAAGAUGGCCCUCCAGAGUUGCUUUUUAUUCAUGGUGGGCACACCAGUAAAAUAUCAGAUUUUUCAUGGAAUCCUUGUGAAGACUGGGUUAUAGCAAGUGUGGCUGAAGAUAACAUCCUUCAGAUAUGGCAAAUGGCAGAGAAUAUAUACCACGAUGAAGAUGACAUACCCGGAGAUGAAUCCACCAAAGGAUCCUAGUGUAUUUUCAAUGUUUUGGGAGCCUAUGAAGUAGGAUAAAUGUCAAUUAUAAAAUAGGGGCCUUAGGAUUGUUGAUUUUGCUUUUUUUUUUCUUGUUAUAUAACCAGUGUUAUUUGUUUUUUGAAUCUGACCUCCCAAAUUUGUUUGCCCCCCCACUGGAAGCCUCUGGUUGAACUGGAAGCAGUGUAUUAAUAAUAAUAUAUGUAGAAUUUUGUUCUCUAA